GACGCGUAAUUGUAUACAACACAAACGAAACGGGUGCGCGCACGACGCAUAAAAAUUGUUUUUCGUUUUUUUUUUUGGUGGUUUAAUGAACACAAUUUCUAUAUGAAAGUGAGAUUUAAAUAAGUAAAAGUUCUUCUGCGCACGAAAGCACAUAUUUACAUACUUAUGUAUUUGUGUAUAUAUGUAUGUAAAUACUGAAGAAUGAUUUGCCGAAAAAUGAAAUGAAAUUCUUAGUUGAGAUGAAAUAAUUUCGAAUGUGCGAAAGUAAUAACCGCGAAACCGGAUGGACGGCAUAUUGAAUUCUUUGGAAAUACACCGAUUUACAAAAAUGAAAAUAAAAACAGAACUAAUCUGAGUGUAAAGCGCUGAAAGUAGCAAAACAGAACGCAAACGCAAAAACAAAACAAUAAAAAAUAAAAACAAAGCCAGUGUCAGAUAGGGCAUCUAUUGGUAAUGACCGAGCGAUAAGACUAGCAACAUAGUGAGUGAGACGUUGUCCUAAUUAUUAUGAAUAUACAUAUAUUCAUAUAUACUUAAUAAUAUAAAGACCUACCAUAAAAUAAAUCCCACAGCGUUUAAAAAAACAAGUGCUUUCAAAAGACUCUUUUUUACGGUUCAACGACUCCACUUCACCUGAGGUGUGCAAUUAAUAUCACACACACGCACAAUUGCAUGCGACAAAUUCGCUUGACAACACUUACAAACACGCAUAAGCACAUACCUUUGAGCACCUCAAUAAUUAUUUUUUACAUGCAAACUGAUUGCUUUUAAUUGCCAAGAACAAAAAUCAAAAACUCAGUUAAAUGUGUUCCAGAUACACUAAAAUGCGAGAAAGCGAUCACUACCCGAUGCUGCUACUGAUUGCAGGCCUAUUUGCAUUGCUGGGCAUCACGAAAGCUCAAAUGGAGGGUGAUCCAUGUCAGAUAAAAGGUAAUAUGGGUAUCUGCACUGCGUCAAGCAAAUGUCUGGACCUACCUUUGCUUAUGAACCAACUGGGCUUGAAAAUACGCGAUGUAAGCCGCUGCGGCUUCACUCCAUACGAGGAAAUUAUUUGUUGUCCAAAUGCGCCGAAUACACCUUCUACAACUAUCAGAACACGCUCAGAUGAACGCCCAGCCGUAAAAGCCUGUGCUGAAAUUGACGCUCAGCUGCAACCUCUGCUAACACCGCACAUUCUGGGCGGCACACCCGUAGAUCUCGGGGAAUACCCGCACAUGGUGGCGAUCGGGCUGAGCACUACGGACGAUGAUAUCGAAUACAAUUGUGGCGGUACUUUGAUUGCGAAACGCUUCGUUUUGACGGCGGCCCAUUGUCUGGUGACGCGUCAGAAACCGGUAACGGCGCGUAUGGGUGUGGUGAAUUUCACCGACCCCGAACAAAUGCGAGAAGCUGUCGAGAUCCCAAUUAAGAAAAUUCACAUACACCCGGAAUACUCCAGCGCUAGUGUUUACAAUGAUGUUGGACUGCUUGAAUUGGCAUCGGAUGUUGUUUAUACCACCAAUGUUUUUCCGACGUGUCUUUACACCGAACCCGAAGAUCCACCAGCCAGCUCUGUGCUCUAUGUCUCUGGCUGGGGUGUGAUCAAUAAGAGAACGCGUGAGAAGUCCAAUGUUUUGCUUAAGGCUCGACAGACCAUCGUCGAAAACAGCAGAUGCAAUGAAAGUUUCGUAGACAACGGCUUGACGCGUAGAAUCAGUGUUGGCAUUAUUGACAGUCAGAUGUGUGCCCAUGAUCCUGGCCUAACAAAGGAUGCAUGUCAAGGCGAUUCGGGUGGCCCACUGAUGUUGGUGGUGGACGAAGCGUUAAGCAAAUUUCGUGUGGUUGGUGUAAUUUCGGCUGGUUUCAGUUGUGGCAGCUCAACUCCUGGUCUUUAUACGCGUGUGAGCGCGUUUCUGGACUACAUCGAGAGCGUCGUUUGGCCAAGUGGAUAAAUUUAUUGCCGAUCCGUUUUAUUUUGUAGAUAUUUUUUGAUAAAAAAUACAAAAAACAUAGCAAACGAUAAA